AUGGCAGGUGUCAGAAACGGUGAUAGUGAGAUUAUAUCCGUCUGCGUUAUCGACUUCUUCUCUGGCCAAGUUUUAACCAAUUCCCUUGUUAAACCUCACGAGCCCAUCAUUGAAUGGCGAACCAACAUCCAUGGCAUACGGCCGGCAACAUUGUCAAUGGCUGUAUCUCAAGGACAAGCUCUUCGCGGUUGGGAAGCAACACGACAAGAGCUUUUCAAGCAUAUCAACACAGACACGGUACUAGUCGGACAAUCUCUCAAUCAAGACUUAAAACGCCUGCGAAUAUCACAUGGAAAAAUCUUCGAUACUGCUAUUCUUACAGCAGAAAUGGUAUUUGGGACAGACGCUGGUUUUGGCCGUCGAUGGAGUCUCCAGUCGCUAUGUGCGGAUCUGCUAAAACUGCGAAUCCGACAGAACUCCAACACGCAUGAGGCAUUGGAAGAUUCGAUGGCGGCACGAGAGGUUGCGUUAUGGUGCCUAUGUUACCCUCACGAGUUGGAGCAAUGGGGAAAAAGGGCCCGCGAGAAGUACAUUGUUGAGAAGUUGAAAGCGGUGAAGGGCAGGCGAAAGAAUAAAAUAAAUGUACAACGCUCAUCGCGUAUUCGCGACGAUGAUUCAUCGUCGCGAAAUCAUCAAACUAACGACAUUUCCAUAGCACAGCACGCAUAG